CGUGGUGCAGCUGCUUCUCCAUACUCGGCAUCUCUUGAGUACGUGAGUGUUAUUCUGCAUAUAUGGUUUACCAAGCUCAGGAGUCUUCUUCUACAACAAUGGAAUGUAAAAGAAACCAGAUCCGUCUGCUGCAAGUGUGCCUUCUGCUGUGGAUAGGGAUUUCCGUAUCGGUAGCUCAGACUAUGACUGGAGAAAGCGGUACUGCUGCACCACAAGACCUGACAGGUAGCGUACCCAUGGAAAAUUCUCCCAGGCCAGAAGAUCCAGCUCAUACUAUGGCACCAUCAAUGAAUGGAGCACCUUGUAACUUUUUUAACUGCAUGGGAGAAAAAUGUUACGAAAACGACUCAGUAUCCAAAGGUUCUGGCAAUGCCACAUGCCCGACUUACUGUGCGAUGCUUCGUCACAACAGUUCCUUUUAUGAGUCUAAGUGUGAUGAACAUUGCAAACAUCACCUGUGUAAUGAUUCAGCACAAGAAGGAUGUACUGUGCGCUGCUGUAAUUCAUCAGGAUGCUCAUCAAGUAACUCUGAUAAUAAUGGCACCCUUCAAAAUGGUACAGCUAUGCCAAGCACAGUGGGUAUGAGUACGAAUGCUCCUACCACACCCACUACUACAGCAAACAUAGUAUACAGUGAUAAGAAAUGUAGAGCAUUUAAAUGUGAGGGGGCGGAUUGCUUUAAGAGUCAGACUGCUGCCCAAACCAAACUGUGUCAAGCUGGAAUAGCCCAUUGUGAGUUGCAAAAGAUGGUGAGAAACGGUGCCAUCUCUUAUGAGGCGGGCUGCAGUAAUACCUGCUCCACCAGCACGAAGUCCUGUGCUGCCAUCACUACUAGCGACUGUUUCCAGGAAUGCUGCAGUGCUACAAAUACUGGAUGCUGCAUGAAGUUAGAUGGCCAGGUGCACUUUAACACUGCUCCUCCAGUUCGGAAAGGAUCAAUCCUGAAGAUAUUUAGUAUGGCCUUCUUUGUUAUUUUCAUCUCCCGCUUCAUUUCUUCUUCGCGGGUAUAAAUGUGCAUCAGUUGAUGUCCUUUGCAGAUGAACUUUGCCUGAGAAUUUCUGUAUAAUUUGUUUUCCCCAGAACCUAAGGAAAAGCCCACACUUUUACUGAGGCGUCAUACAUAGUGUAACAUAUACAUAUUGCUGGAUUUGGCAUCUAAUCAAUAGAAAUUUACUAUCUAUACUAUCCUAUGAGAAUAUGAAAAGAGAUAAUUAAAGGGGUUUUCCAGUUUGCAUCCACACCCUUUAAAAUAAUCAUUUAUAAAGGUAGCUGUAAUUUUGUAAUGUAUUUCUUUUAGCUUUAUUGCUCUUAUCUUCCGUUCUGGGCUGUGGUCACAUGACCGUGUCCAUUAAGUUAUCUCUUAUUUCCUGUAAUGUUAUGUCUAUAGACAUUUUAAAGUAGCAACAAGGGUAGUGAUAGGGGAGUGUCUAUGUAACUAUCUGGGUGGGAGGAGCUAUAAACUAGCAGGGUGUUGUUAGGGACAGUGAUAGAGGGGAGGGCUAUGUAACUAGCUGGAUGGGAGGAGCUAUAAACUGGCAGGGUCUUGUUAGGGACAGUGAUAGAGGGGAGGGCUCUGUAACUAGCUGGAUGGGAGGAGCUAUAAACUAGCAGGGUGUUGUUAGGGACAGUGAUAGAGGGGAGGGCUAUGUAACUAGCUGGAUGGGAGGAGCUAUAAACUGGCAGGGUCUUGUUAGGGACAGUGAUAGAGGGGAGGGCUAUGUACCUAGCUGGGUGGGAGGAGCUAUAAAUUACCUGGGAGUUGUAAGGGUCCAUGCUGGACUGUGGCAGAGAAAGGAGAAGUGCAUCAUGGGUUUGGUUGGAUACAGGAACAGGAAGUGCUACAUACAGGAUGGAAAUCAACCUUAAGAGAUGUGUUUACAUGGUGAAAACAGGUCAGGAGAGUCCAAAUAAAUAAAAAAAAGCAUGGGUAAGAUAUACAUGAGGUAAGCCACUACAUGAGCACAUCUGUUAAAACUCUUGGAAACCCCCUUUAAAUAUGUAUAUUGUUUUUAUGCCCAUUCGGCACAUUGAUUUCCUUUACUGUAUAACAAUUUUACAUUUCACUACAAACUAUUAAAAAAAUUCCUGAUAAAAAAAAUACACAAAAAAUAAACGUCAGCUAAAGUCCUAGACCUCAUACUCACAACUUCAUUCCAAAUUGAGCAACAAGAUAUCAUUCAUCUAUAUAUAUAAAUAUAUGAAUUGGUAUGGUAUCAGCCAGUACUUUACAAGUGCUAUACGUUACAUGUGUCGUGUGCAUAAGGUCUUGCUCCAAUUUUAUUUGUAUAAGCACUUUCACUUACCAUCCAACUUCUUAUAAAGUACAUAACAUACAUUUUUCUAUGCCUGAUUUAACUUAAUUCAUCAUAUUCAUGAUGAUCUGCAUGGUUGGCAGAAAUCUGGUUGCAUGUGCUGAUAGGACCAAUGGGUACAAUAGUUUGAAAAAAAGAAGAGCAGCAAAUGUUUUAAUAUACAGAAACAAAAAAGUUCUCCCCUCUUGUGAUGCCAGGUAGACUGGCAUAUCACUGUGGCGGACUAGCGGUGGUGUAUCUUUUAUGCUUCACUUUUUUCUUAGACACUUUUAUGAUGGUGUUAAAGUUUAAGGGAUGCCACUGAGCUUUUACCUGGUUAAAGAUAUUUUGCCUUUUUUUUUUUGCUUAAUUGCCUAAAAAGAACCAGUCCUUUCUCCUGACAUGUAUGGUUUAGCAAUUACUUGCACGAUCUAUGUAAGGCUGCAUGCACACGACCGUUGUUUUGGUCCGCAUCCAAGCCACAGUUUUUGGAUGCAGACCCAUUCACUUCAAUGGGGCCGCAAA